AAAUAUUUGGUUUAUCGUUGUUUAUACACACGAGCCCAAAAUAUAAUGUAGACGUGCGGUACCUACGUAAUUACUAGUUUAUAGUUAAAAAUAUGUGCACAGAACAUUUAAUUUUCCAUCAGAAUAAUAUUUAAAUAUUAUAUUCAAGCCGUCGAUAUUAAAUGCUGAAAUAAGUGCGUUUUCCAAAUUGUUAUGUUAAAUCUUCGUGAUCCUUUAAAAAUUAAAACGUAUCUUUCCCAUAUACGAAAUAAUAACGCACCUAGGUGUUUGCUAGUAGAUGAUUAUGAGUGGUUGUUCUAAGCUUAAAAUACAACAACGAAUUAAUGAGAGAGACGAAGAAUUAUGAGACGCUGUUUACAAGCCCAGUUAUGAAUAUGUAGACAAGAUAUCAAGGCAAUCAGGGCCUAUACAAUCAAGCUCUCAAUGUACGCUGUGCAUUGAAUAAAUCAUUAAGUACUUAGUAGGUAUACCUACAGCAAAUAUUUACUCCCAGUGCCUUACAUAAGUUACGUAAAUACAUAGUUAAUUAACUCCAACGCACAUAACUAGUUAAACAUGUAUAAUCUGGACAGUAUAAUUAAAAAGCGUUUAAAUAAUGACCAAAUAAAACAGUUCAACAAGAUUUAUUACGGACGAGAAGAUCAUUGUGAUUUAAAACUUUUACAAUCAACUAAAAAUGAAAGUGAGAAGAACAACUUUGAAGUUGCAGCUUAUUCUUUCUCUGCGGCGAAAGAAGAGGUUAGAAAACCAAACAUUUUGAGGUUAGGAUUAAUUCAACAUUCAAUUGUUUUGCCUACUGAUAGCGCAGUUUGUGAACAAAGGAAGGCGAUAUUUGAUAAAAUUGAAAAAAUAAUAGCAGUAGCAGCGACAGAAAAUGUUCGCAUCAUUUGCUUGCAAGAAGCAUGGACGAUGCCAUUUUUUCUGUGCACAAAAGAAAAAGAAAGAUGGGCGGAAUUUGCAGAAUCAGCAACGAAUGGACCGAGUACCUUGUUCCUAAGUAAGUUGGCACGAAAAUAUGAAAUGGUAAUUAUAUCUCCCAUUCUGGAAAACGAUGAGACUGGUGUGUGGUGGAAUACAGCAGUCAUAAUAGAUGAGACUGGAAAUUAUAUGGGAAAACAUCGUAAAAACCAUCUACCCAGUGUUGGGAGUUUCAGUGAAACGUCAUAUUAUGCGCCUGGUAACACUGGACAUCCGGUUUUCGAGACGAAGUACGGAAAGAUUGCCGUAAACAUUUGCUAUGGUCGUCAUCAGGCGUUGAACUGGUUAAUGUUCGCCCUCAACGGCGCUCAAAUAGUUUUUAACCCAUCAGCGACAAUAGCUGAAUUUGGUGAAACAUUUUGGGGCAUCGAAGCUCGUAAUGCCGCAAUUGCCAACAACUAUUUUACAUGCAGCAUUAACAGAGUUGGCAUUGAAGAGUUUUACGUGCAGAAUGAAAAGAAAUCCAGAUUAUAUUAUGGUUCUAGUUAUGUGACGGCCCCUGAUGGAUCCAGAACACCUAGUCUUUCAAAAGAUAGAGAUGGAUUGCUUAUUGUUGAAACAGAUUUGAAUUUGUGUCGCCAAGUGAGAGACAAAUGGAAUUUUAAUAUGACUGCACGCAUAGAUAUGUAUGCAAAGGCCCUUGAACGUUUCAAAUAAUAAUAAAAUGAAUGAAAUAUUUCUGGUGUUUU